GGCGUGGCGGUGGGCGCAGCGGGGACCUGCGUGAGGAAGCCCUGAGCCUUCGGCGGGCUGCGAGUGACUCCCCGGCGAUGCCUCACAACUCCAUCAGAUCGGGCCACGGAGGGCUGAACCAGCUGGGAGGGGCCUUUGUGAAUGGCAGACCCCUGCCCGAAGUGGUGCGUCAGCGCAUCGUGGACCUGGCCCACCAGGGCGUGAGGCCCUGCGACAUCUCCCGCCAGCUCCGAGUCAGCCAUGGCUGUGUCAGCAAGAUCCUUGGCAGGUACUACGAGACUGGCAGCAUCCGGCCUGGAGUGAUAGGGGGCUCGAAGCCCAAGGUGGCCACCCCCAAGGUGGUGGAGAAGAUCGGGGACUACAAACGGCAGAACCCGACCAUGUUUGCCUGGGAGAUCCGAGACCGGCUCCUGGCCGAGGGCGUCUGUGACAACGACACUGUGCCCAGUGUCAGCUCCAUCAACAGAAUCAUCCGGACCAAAGUGCAGCAACCAUUCAACCUUCCUAUGGACGGCUGCGUGGCCACCAAGUCCCUGAGCCCAGGACACACGCUGAUCCCCAGCUCAGCUGUGACGCCCCCAGAGUCUCCCCAGUCCGAUUCUCUGGGUUCAACCUACUCCAUCACUGGGCUCCUGGGGAUCGCGCAGCCUGGCAGCGACAGCAAGAGGAAACUGGACGACAGUGACCAGGACAGCUGUCGGCUGAGCCUUGACUCCCAGAGCAGCGGCAGUGGGCCCCGCAAGCACCUUCGCACGGACGCCUUCAGCCAGCACCACCUUGAGCCGCUUGAGUGCCCUUUUGAUCGGCAGCAGUACCCAGAGGCCUAUGUCUCCCCCAGCCACACCAAAGGCGAGCAGGGCCUCUACCCGCUGCCGUUGCUCAACAGCGCCCUCGACGACGGGAAGGCCACCCUGACCCCUUCCAAUACACCCUUGGGGCGCAACCUCUCGACUCAUCAGACCUACCCCGUGGUGGCAGAUCCUCAUUCACCCUUCGCCAUAAAGCAGGAAACCCCCGAGGUGUCCAGUUCUAGCUCCACCCCUUCCUCUUUAUCUAGCUCCGCCUUUUUGGAUCUGCAGCAAGUCGGCUCCGGGGUCCCAGCAGGUGCCUCGGUCCCGCCCUUCAAUGCCUUUCCCCAUGCUGCCUCCGUGUACGGGCAGUUCACGGGCCAGGCCCUCCUCUCAGGGCGAGAGAUGGUGGGGCCCACGCUGCCUGGAUACCCACCCCACAUCCCCACCAGUGGACAGGGCAGCUAUGCCUCUUCUGCCAUCGCAGGCAUGGUGGCAGGAAGCGAAUACUCUGGCAACGCCUAUGGCCACACCCCCUACUCCUCCUACAGCGAGGCCUGGCGCUUCCCCAACUCCAGCUUGCUGAGUUCCCCGUAUUAUUACAGUUCCACAACAAGGCCAAGCGCGCCACCUACCACUGCCGCGGCCUUUGACCAUCUGUAGUUGCCAUGGGGACAGUGGGAGCGACUGAGCAACAGAAGGACUCGGCCUGGGACGGGCCCCAGAGAGUCACACAAAGGAAUCUUUAUUUAUUACAUGAAAAAUAACCACAAAUCCAGCAUCACGGCUCCCUCCCUGUGUGGUUGAUUUAAUGAACCAUGAGAGACCGGACAACGUUGGAGAAGGCCACGCUGUCCUCCAGGACUCCUUAAUGAGGGGCAGGAGUCCCAGGGGGACAGAACCGUCCCGUUCCAAAGAGACAAAAUUGGAAGAGAAGUGGGGAGAGAAGAGGGGACAGCCAGAGGCUUGAGAGGGAUGGCACAUGGGGCCCACGACGGGGUCAGGGGCACACAGAGUCACCUCUGUGGCUCCAUCACCGACACGCUCUAGCAGCCGCGGGCUGUAAGCGCUUCGGUCCAGCCCACGAGCCACAGCGGGCUCUGCCGCACCGCCGCCUGGAGAGGCACCACCUUCUCUGGGCAGCUUGCUUGGCGCUUUCCACUCCUCUCCCUCUUGGCCCACAGGCUGAACACUGGGUCCAGCCAACCAGGAGCUCCGCCCGGUGGUCAAGGUGGUCAUCCGCCUUCCUUUUACCUGCUGCGGUGAAUGUAGGCGCUCCAUCCGUGAGCGUAUUGCAGCUUGAGACAGACAUUCCGAAGCCCCCGGGCUCCUGGGGGUGGGGUGCAGCCCUGCCCAGGGCGGAGCCAGGCACAAUGGCUGGGGACCCGCCUCCCCUCCCAACAGCCCUGCCAAGCCCACAGCUACCCGAGAGACCCUAAGACAACCCCCCAAAGCCAGCCAUGGUGGUUUCCUCUCUGGCUCCCACCAUUCCUGCCCUCCGCUCCCCAGGCCUGACUGUAAAUACUGUAAAUGAGGCUCUGCUUGAGUCCAGCUGCCCUCUUCCUCUCAGUGAACUGUCUCCCUGCCAUGUCGGGCUUCUCCCCGUGACGCUUUUUUUUUUUUUUUUAAAGACAACCCACCACUGCCACAAGACUCAAUAAACCAUUACUCUUGGUCUCCA